AAAAUAUGCGUUUUAAUGAAUUAUUUACUCGUAAUCGAAAGACCGAACCUUCAUCUGUUAUUCUAUUAAGAAUAUUUAUUAUGAUAGUAUUAAUAUCUUCCCUCACAGGAUAUAUUACUAUUUUGAUUAUCGAAGUGACUAGUGAUGAGCCAGUUUUAACAAAUACAAUCUUCGAAGCAACGGAAAUGCCAAUUCCUGAUAUGCAAUUUCAUUUCGUCUAUCCAUUUAUAUUGCAAUGCUUAUUUAUUAGAAGUAUAAAAGAAAUAACAUUUGAUGAAAGUUGUAAAGAAUAUUUAGAACAACCAAAAGCUUCUUCAGAAAGCAACAAUUAUAUCGGCUAUUUUAAAAAUGUCCAAAAUUUAACAUUUGUAAAACCAGAAAUUGACGAAAAUGCAAUAAAAGGAGUAAUGGUAGUUGCAUCAAUUGUUGAUCCAAAUUAUAAUGCCACCGAAAGUCACGACCUUAUGAAAUUUAAUGCUUUAUAUAGAUAUGAAGGUGAAUCCAAUGAAACAAUCGUUGAUAAAUUACCUGCAUAUGUUAAAGAAUUUUCCACAAAUAAUCUUUAUUUAAUGUCUAGAAAUCAGAUGGCACUUGUAGAAUUUACUAGAAUCAUAAGAGAAACAAUCAUUCCAAACUUCAAAGAUCAUCUUGGAAUCGAACCAUCUUAUUAUAGACAAGGUUAUAUUUUGCCCAAUAAUAUACAAAGCUAUCCCGUUGAUUAUAAAGCUGGUGAUUUAUUUGUAAGUUCGAUUACUUUAACUGUACAAAAUUUCAUUAUAAAAAGAGAGACUGAACAAAGGACACGAACUUUACUCAGUGUGUUUGGUCUUGUGGGCGGUGCUUGGAGUCUUGCUACGGCAUUUUACGCGGCCCUAUUUGGUGUAGACAUGAUACGUCCAUGGGGUUGUGUGCAACUUUAUUGUUGUGGGAUACGUAAUAAAACACACAAUAAACUUAAAAAAACUCUCCCGGUAAUUCCGCUAGUUACGAGUUCCGAAAAACCUCCACCUUCUUUUUCUAGGGACGUUUCUCGUGAUGAGCAUGCAGCCUUACAACAACGUGUUGAUGCCUUGGAAGUAUUUUUAAGAGAGUAUGUCGUAGACGUAAAUUAUUUGGAAGAUAUUAAGAAAAAAGAAAAUGAUAAUGAUGAAAAUGACUUACCCUAA